AGUGUCGGAUCGGCAGAAGUAUUAGUGAGACUCACGCGAAACACUCGAACGGAUCCGAGUCCCCACAACCGAUCCACCCGCCCCCCCACUAACUAUUUAUUACUCUCCCCGUAAUCCCGUAUUUAUUACCCUUUACAUUCUACAUUCUGGUAUCAGUGCACCAGAACUUCAAGGUGUUAUUUUUUUCUGUGAAGUGUGUCCGUGCCCAGUGUUUCGUGUUCGAACUCUUCUCAACUCUCGAGAAGACAGAAGAUAAAAGAACGAGCCACGUGUGAUUCGAUAUUUCGAGCAACUUGUGCCAGUGUCGUCAGUUUUCAGUUCUCAUUUUAUUAAAACGUUUUACGUAUAUUCCUUUGUUUUUUACUUUUUGAAUUGAUAAAUUAUCAAGAUGGAUCUACUCUGUUUUGAAAAUUCGGAAACUGAGUGCAGGGCUUAUCCGGACCCGGCGCUUUUAGAAGACGACAGAGUGCUGAAAAAUCUGCUCAUGUCUGAAGAAAGGUUCGCACCCAGGAGUUCCUACUUUCAAUGCGUACAGAAAGACAUCUCACCGGCCAUGCGCAAGAUCGUCGCCGAGUGGAUGUUCGAGGUGUGUGAGGAGCAAAAAUGUCAAGAGGAGGUUUUUCCACUGUCGAUGAACUAUGUUGAUAGAUUUCUAUCAGUCUGUGAAAUCAAAAAGGCACAGCUUCAGCUGCUAGGUACAGCCUGCCUUCUUUUGGCCUCCAAAUUGAGGGAACCUAGGCCUCUUUCCGCGGAGGUUCUUGUAUUCUACACCGACAAUUCCGUUACCCUUGAUGACCUUUGGAGUUGGGAGCAGCUGGUCGUCUCGAAAUUAAAAUGGGAAUUAUCGGCGGUGACACCCGGUGACUUCCUUCUUCACAUUCUCAGGCGUUUGCCGGUUGAUCAACAAGCAUGGGAUUCGAUGAUGAUCAGGAGGCACGCCAAGACAUUCAUCUCACUCAGCGCCAGAGAAUACAAGUUCGCUAUGUAUACACCAAGUAUAAUUGCCGCUGCCAGCAUAGCUGCUGCUCUUCAUGGUCUCGAUUGGACAGGAAAAAGUGGCUUCACCCUGCCUUUACUUCUGGACGAACUUACCCGUAUAACCUCUGUCGAACCGGAUUAUCUCCAAGACUGCCUGCAGCAGAUCGAGGAAAUGCUGGCCGAGAUGAGAGGCGGUGGUUCACAUCCGGUGGAUCCAGCUGCAACGUCUUCAACAGUUUCUAGUGCACCACAGCAGAGGCCUUUGGGGGACCAGAACUCGAGUCAGGACAAGAUUCUGGAGCACGAGAAGGCGGGCACACCGACAGACGUUAGGGACGUUCACUUCUAGGCUCCUCAACUUGUCCUGACAGGACUUUUUAAUUCGAGAGGGCUGACUUCGCGGAUGAGACUGAAGCUGCAGUGUACUGAUGAGCCUCGUGCGACAUCCUUGAGGCAUCUGCAACGCAAACCACACCGAAAUUUGUUUUGGUGCACAAAAAAGCGACGCCUCCUGGAUCACGAAUAUCACGAUUGGCCAACACCAGUCCUGGUAGCGAAGCCAGCACGAACAAAGUUUCCAGUCGAAAAAAAGAGGAUCGAGCCUUUCUGUUUCCAUAUCAGGGACUCUCGAUUCCAAGUAUUUCAACCUCGGAAUCAGGAACCUAGUAUCAUAUGAGAUUACUAGCAAGUGCCAGAGUGAGACGAAAAAAACCAAAAAAAAUAUUGCAAGGCAAUUUGCAUCGCAUCGAUCAUUUGGGAGGCGUUCUGGGGGAAGGCAAUGCAAUACGCUUUACGAAUUAAUCGUUAAGUACACUUAAUUUUUAGCCAACUAUUAUUAUUAUCUUUACACGGUAAACAAACGAAAAAAGCGAAAAUUACGUAAUGGAGCAAAAAAUUCAUUAAUAGUCGACACAUCGAGUCAUUUAGCACAUGUACAUAAAAAACGAUAGGUAGGCACGAAGAAACGAACAGAUAAUUUUAUCAUCAGCGUAUUCGAUACUGUGUUUAUCUACAUUAAGCCUUUUUUCUAAGGGGAAUGGUGAUACGAUUUGAUCGUGGGGAUCGAAACAAGUGCCUUGAAACUGGAAAACUCAAAAAGCUUUGUCAAACGAGUAUAUUUGGUUAUUCAAGGUAAGCUCUUUCGAAUUCGAAUAUUUGGAUCCCUAUUCCAUUCGAUUCCCAUAAACGAGUAUGAGUGUGUAAAUGUGUGAGAGUGAUGCGAACCACAACCAAGUCAAAGAUGCUUUCAACCGAACUUUUAUUUCAAGAGUAUUCCGUUUUUAUUAUUUGCUGUCCCGAAACUCGUCGAUGUUGCUUUUUUAUACUUUCAACGGGUUGAGAGAAGCGAUUCUCGUUUUGGCCGUUUAUGAGUAAAAGAGCCGAGAAACAGAUUCUGGUUCCUCGUUUCUUUUUUUCUCAAAAAGUUUAUUUUA